AAAAAAAAAGAAAAAAAAAGAAGGCUAAUCGGAGCCGCGGUGCAUGAUGGGAGAUUAUCAGCCAUUUCGCCUCAAACUCUCUUCAAGCAGCUAAAACGCGCCGCAGCGGAAUAAAACCCCAGAAACCAGCGAGAGGUGAUCGUGUGUGAGAAUGGCCCGUACUAAGCAGACCGCCCGUAAAUCCACCGGAGGAAAAGCUCCUCGUAAGCAGCUGGCGACUAAAGCGGCUCGUAAGAGUGCGCCCUCUACUGGAGGAGUGAAGAAGCCCCAUCGCUACAGGCCCGGGACCGUGGCUCUGCGUGAGAUCCGCCGCUACCAGAAAUCCACCGAGCUGCUGAUCCGGAAGCUUCCCUUCCAGCGUCUGGUGCGUGAGAUCGCUCAGGACUUCAAGACCGACCUGCGCUUCCAGAGCGCCGCCAUCGGAGCCCUGCAGGAGGCCAGCGAGGCGUAUCUGGUGGGUCUGUUUGAGGACACUAACCUGUGUGCCAUCCACGCCAAGCGUGUUACCAUCAUGCCCAAAGACAUCCAGCUGGCGCGCCGCAUCCGCGGAGAACGAGCCUGAGCUCCUCUCUCUCUCUCCGUCUCACUUCAUCUCUGUGUCUGUUUGUUUGUGUUCGAUCGCUCUGUGUUUGUGUUGGUUUUGUACUCUCAGACGAGCUCUUGUGACGUGUCCUCGUGUGUUUCUAAGCACAAGAGUUCAAGCCCUCAGGUGAAUAAUUAAGGACUCCAGGCACUAAUUAACACUUCUGUGCCUAAUCAUCAAUCUGAGAGGACAGAAGACUGAUUUUGGGUGCUAAACUCUUCACUGGAAGUGUCAGAAUCAUCAUGAAACACUCUCUUUUCUUGAAAUAUGUUUUCUAUGUGUAUUGUUUGUGAUUUCUAAUGGUUUUCUUUAUUUUGAUGUAUUUAUUUUCCUGAGAUGCACAGAUUGGCAGGUGUGCGUAUGAUUUCAGUGAUUGGUUUUGUUGAAUCUAGUGUUUUUGAAGAGCAUAUGUAGCAACAGACUGUAUUUUAUACCAUUUGAUAGGUUCUUCAUGAGUUGUUUAGGUAGACACUCACUCAGGUUUUUUCUACACCCUUACAUGGUUUUUAUCACGAGGUGAUUACGUUUGCUUUGUUUUUGUAUGUGUGUAAGUCCUAAAAAGCAAAUCUUUGUACUACACGAAUAGAGAAUUGGACAAUAAAUUGGUGUUGAACUGUUA